AUGCAUCUCCAUACAAUUUUUGGGUCACUGUCCGCCCUUUCUUUGGCUGUCGCAUCUCAGGGUGCGGAACAUGGACAUAGUCAUCUCCAUAAACGCUCAGAGGCGACUGAAUAUGACUAUGUCGUAGUUGGAUCUGGUGCCGGGGGUGGUCCAGUGGCAGCGCGGCUGGCUAUUGCCGGACACAAAGUUCUUCUCCUGGACGCAGGAGAUGACCAAGGCAAUGCCACCGUGCAGCAGGUGCCCGCCCUCCAACUCCAAUCCACCGAGUACGAGCCGAUGAGAUGGGAUUAUUUCGUCCACCAUUAUUCGGACCUCACCCGGCAGAAAGAGGACUCCAAGAUGACCUACCGCACACCUGCUGGAGAUCUCCAUGUUGGCCCAAAUCCGCCGGGUGGCUCUGAACCCCUGGGUAUCUUAUACCCUCGAGCUGGCACACUGGGAGGAUGCACCUCUCAUAACGCCAUGAUCACUAUCUAUCCGUACGAACAUGACUGGAAUCAUCUCGCCAGCAUCACCGGUAAUGACUCCUGGUCAGCCGAUAACAUGCGACGAUAUUUUGAGCGGCUGGAGAAGAAUCGAUAUCUGCCCAGCAGCGUGACUGGCCAUGGAAUGGAUGGCUGGCUCAUGACGAGCUUGACAGACUUGAGACUAGUCAUCGAGGAUCAAAAGCUCCUCUCCUUGAUCCUCGCGGCAGCGACGGCUGCGGGUAAAUCCGUCCUUGAAAAGGUCAUCACCACCGUCACCGGCCUGGGCGAGGUGCUCCUGCGUGAUCUGAACAACCCUUCCCCGACCCGUGAUUACGAGACCGGUCCAUACCAGGUACCUCUCGCUGUGGAACUUCCAGAACACAGACGGACGGGUCCUCGCGAUUUCAUUUUGAACACGGUCAACGCAUUGAACUCGGAUGGAUCGCGCAAGUAUCACCUUGACGUCCAGCUCAACACGCUUGUGUCCAAGGUUCAGUUUGAUACCUCUGCACCCGAGCCAAAGGCCACCGGAGUUGAGUAUCUUACUGGUCAAAGCCUCUACCGUGCGGACCCUCGGGCUUCCCGCACGUCUUCCCUAGGCACACCAGGCAGCGUGAAGGCUUCCCGGGAAGUGAUUCUGGCUGCUGGCUCAUUCAAUACCCCCCAGCUCCUAAAGCUCAGCGGAAUUGGUCCCCAGAAAGAGCUGUCGAAGCAUGGUAUUGAAACACUGGUCAACCUGCCGGGUGUUGGCUCCAAUCUGCAGGACCGUUACGAGACGGGCGUCAUCGGCCAGUCGCCCACCGACUUCGUUCUCACGGAGAAGUGCACCUUCCUAUACAGUAGGCCCGACCCUUGCCUGGAGCAAUGGAAGAAUGGUACUCUGUUCAAGGGCACUUACACGACUAAUGGUAUUGCUAUUGCUGUCAUCCGCAAGUCGUCCGCCGCCGACGACACACCAGACCUCCUUGUUUCUGGCGCUCCUGUUAAAUUUCCCGGCUAUUACCCCAACUACUCGUACGAGGGCCUGAAAGAGUCCAACCACUGGACCUGGAUCACCCUAAAAGCGCAGAGCCGUAACAACGCUGGGACUGUUGAGCUGCGCUCGACGAACCCUCGCGAUACCCCGGUCAUCACCUUCAACUACUUGGACACCGGAAAUACAACGGAUGGUGCUGACGAGAAGGACCUUCAGGCUGUCCACGACGCCAUGGAAUUCUCGCGCACGAUCUUCCGCGAUCUGGUGCCGCUGGAUGGCGGGUUUACGGAAAUCUGGCCGGGCUCUAAUGUCACGGCUGGUUCUAAGCUCAAGGACUUUAUCAAGCGGGAAGCCUGGGGCCACCAUGCUUGCUGCACGGCGCCCAUCGGCGAGGACUCUGACCCCAAGGCGGUUCUUGACUCGGACUUCCGAGUCCGUGGUGUGAAGGGGCUGAGAGUCGUGGAUGCGUCAGUCUUCCCUAAGAUUCCGGGAUACUAUAUUGCCCUACCUAUUUACAUUAUCAGUGAGAAGGCCGCAGACGUGAUCAUUGCUGAUGCUGCAUAA